AUGCCUCUUCCCUUUGCUUUAGCCCAAAGACUACAGAAGAGGGGAAUCAUUACCACCGAUGCCGGCGAAGAUGACCGACAAAAAGAGCAAUUGGAGGAAGUGAUUGCCGAAGACUACGACGACAAUCGGUUUGAGGCGAAGAGUGGUGUAUCUGUGAAGGGCUGUCCCAAUAAAUACAAUAUAUAUCACGACUGCUCUCUCUAUUGCCAUAAGAAGUACGCGGAUGUGAGCGAAGAAGUCUCGCCGCAAACCAAACGUAAAUAUCAGAGACUUGUGAAGAGAUACCCAUUGCCUGAGGGCUGGCAAGAAGUGUAUGACCCGGGAGUACAUUGUUUCUAUUACUGGAAGACAGAGACGGAUGAGGUCUCAUGGUUUCCGCCGCAUCACCCGAACGCUCGCAUCUCUCUAUCGGCCGACAAACUGAGGAGUCUAUUGAGAGACGACGACGACGAACAAGAAGGAGACGGAUCUGAUUCUGAUUCACAACUUUCUGACAAUUCUAACGAUAAUGACUCGGAUUCUGAGGAAUCCGAUAGAAAUGAUAGAAAUACUAAUAAAUUAAGAUUUAAUGAUAGAAAUAGAGGCGAAAGUCAAGCGAAGGGUCGAGCGGUUCGAAAGGCCAAUGAUUUGGAUCCAAUGGAUCCGUCGUCCUAUUCAGACCUGCCUCGAGGCAAGUGGUCGGACGGCUUGGGACAGAAGGGCGACGCCAAGAGUGGUGUGGACUCGACUGCUUCGGGACCACUGUUUCAGAUGAGGCCGUAUCCAAAUCCAGGCGCUGUUCUCAGACUUAAUCAGGAAAAGACCAAAACUAAUAAAAGACAACAACACGACAGCAGCGCUGAUCAAGACUGACAACUCGAUUGUGUCAUUCAAAUCAAUUCAU